AUGGACAUUUUAGAUAGUUGUGAAUUUGUAUCUCUUGCUCUGGAUUCCAAUAAAAAACCUUUAUUAUUCAUCGAUCUAUACGUCCAGAAAUUCCCGGCAGAACCCAUCAGAACUCUUAUUGACUCAGGAGCCACAUCGAACUUCAUUUCCCCUUUGAUUGUGGAAAAAUAUAAAAUCCCAAAAACCCAACUCGAAAAUCCCCAAGUUGUGAGAAUGCUAGACGGUACUAUUUCCCAGACUGGUCGCAUUUGGCACCAGGUUCAUCUCACGGUUUCGGCCAAUGGCCAUCCCCACUCCAUUCCUUUCCUAGUCUGCCCCAUUGGGAACACACCCGCCAUACUGGGCAUGGCAUGGCUCUCUCAGGAGUCACCCCUCAUCGACUGGAAUCUAGGCACGGUUACAUUCCCUGAUCAAGCAAAAAUUGCAUCCGAGGAGGAAGCAGAUCCCAACCCUUUAACAGAUCUCCCACCUCAGUAUCACAAAUUCGCUAGGGUAUUUGGCGAAGAAGAGUUUAAGGUCCUCCCUCCACAUAGGGAGUAUGACAUUUCAAUAGACCUUACUCCAGAUGCCAAACUCACGCCAGGACCAAUCUACGGCAUGACUGAUGCGGAAUCUAAAGCCCUUAAACAACAUAUUGAGGAGGAAUUAGCCACAGGGAAGAUUCGUCCCAGUACCUCCUCCGCAGGCGCCCCGGUCAUGUUUGUUAAAAAGGCAGAUGGCUCUCUCAGACUGGUGGUGGACUAUAGGAAAUUGAACGAGGUCACCCACAAAAAUGUUUACCCAUUGCCAAGACAAGACGAUCUCAUGGCUAAGCUCAGACAUGCCAAGAUUUUCACAAAGUUGGACCUACGAUGGGGAUACAAUAAUGUGCGGAUCAAGGAAGGUGACGAGUGGAAGACGGCCUUCCGCACCAAAUACGGGUUAUUCAAAUACCUAGUAAUGCCCUUUGGUCUCACCAACGCCCCGGCCGCCUUCCAGCAUUGUAUGAACAACCUAUUCAGAGACCUCAUUGAUGUAACAGUAGUCAUCUACCUGGACAACAUCCUGAUCUUCUCAGAGAAUCCAGAAGAACACCCUAGCCAUGUCAGGGAAGUUUUGUCAAGACUCAUGAAGAACCAGCUCUUCUGCAAAUUGUCUAAGUGUCAUUUCCACGUUACCACAGUCGAUUAUCUUGGCAUUGUUAUAUCACCAUCAGGCUUCUCCAUGGAUCAGAAGAAGGUAGAGGCAGUUACAUCAUGGCCUCAACCUAGAACGGUUAAACAGGUCCAGGCCUUCUUAGGCUUUGUUAACUACCUCCGGCGGUUCAUCCCCAACUUCAGUUUGGUAGCACGCCCUCUGCACAACCUUACCAAAAAGGAAACCCCCUGGACGUGGGGCAACCUAGAGGAAGCAUCAUUUCAGGAGUUGAAGGCCCUAGUUACCAAGUCGCCGGUACUCAUCCAUUCCAACCCAGAACUCCCCUAUUACCUGGAGACUGACGCCUCAGGGGUAGCAAUGGGAGCCAUUCUUAGUCAGCGGGGCCCAGAUAAUUGUCUACAUCCCAUUGCCUAUAUGUCCAAGUCAUUUUCAGGAGCGGAAGCGAAUUACGACACUCACGAUAAAGAGCUCCUGGCUAUCAUUAAGGCACUAGAAGAAUGGAGGAUAUUCUUGGAGGCAACGGACAAACCGGUACAAGUGUUCACGGAUCACCGGAAUCUGGAAUAUUGGAUGCAGGCACGGACAUUCAACAGAAGGCAUGCACGAUGGCGCAUUUUCCUGAGCGACUUCAAUUUUGAAAUCCAUUAUCGCCCAGGGAAGCAAUCGGGGAAACCAGACGCGUUAUCUAGAAGAUCCGAUUACGUAGAUACACCUGCAGAACCAGAAGUCAUGUUACCGGCGGAAGUAUUUGCAAACACGUUGGAGGAGGAACUUGAAAUCGUCACGGAAAUCCGCACCAAGCUUAGGGAUGACCCUUCCCUUGAACCAAUUAUACAGUUCUUGACAGAAGAUGCGGACAAUGCGCCACCCUCCAUUUGGAAGGCUUAUAGGGACUACGACUGGGAAGAAGACCUACUAUGGUAUCGAGGGAAACUGGUAGUUCCGGAUGCAGAAACCCUGAAGGAACAAUUGUUAAGGGAAUUUCACGACUCCCCCUUAGCUGGUCACCCAGGACAACAGAGAACCCUUGAACUUCUAAGCCGUAACUACUGGUGGCCAGGCAUGAAAUCAUCCGCCAAGGAAUGGGUAGAAUGUUGCCCCACAUGCCAGGCUAACCAAGUCCCCCCAUAUCCGUUUCACACCAUCUCCUAUGACUUUGUUACAGGGUUCCCAAAGUCAAAUGGACACGACGCAAUCCUGGUAGUAAUUGAUUCCUUUUCCAAAUUUGGGCACUUCAUCCCAACCUCAAAGAAGGUCACAGCCAAGGGUCUGGCAGAUCUGUUCAUCAGCCACGUCUGGAAAUUGCACGGAUUACCGGUCAAAACAGUUUCAGACCAAGGGACCACAUUCACAGGAAAAUUCCUAAGGGCAUUAUACCAACGACUCGGGGUAAAACCAGCCUUCUCAUCGGCCUAUCACCCGGAAUCAGACGGGCAGACAGAGAGGGUCAAUCAAUUCAUCGAGUUCUACCUCAGAUCGUAUGUGGCAGCCAAUCACUCAGAUUGGUCUACUUGGCUCCCCCUAGCGGAAUAUGCAUACAACAAUGCCAAGCACGCUGCCACCGGAAAAACGCCAUUUGAACUGGUCUAUGGAAGAAACCCGGUAAUGAACCCGUCAAAUGUACCAGCCAACGUCCCCAAAGCAGAUGCCGUAGCAGAUACCCUAGCCUGGGAGUGGAAAGAAGCAGAGGCGGCCCUAAGAAUGAGCAAGGAACGGAUGACCAGGAACCUAGGAACCGUACCAGAAUAUGCAAUAGGCGAGAGGGUUUGGCUGGAUGGGAGGAAUGUAGAACUCAGGACCAACUCGAACAAACUGGAUCCCAAACGACUUGGACCCUUCAAAGUCAUUGAAAAGAUCUCAAGCCACGCCUACCGUCUGGAACUGCCGGAAACCCUAAAAAUCCACAAUGUGUUCUAUGUGGGACUACUAUCAAAGAGCCACAAGUCGCCAAGCCAGCCAUUUCCAGAACGACCUCCUCCUGAAACAAUAGAAGGAGAAGAAGAAUACGAAGUGGAACAGAUUAUUGAUUCCAAGCGGCAACGAGGCAAAUGGUUUUAUUUGAUAAAAUGGAAGGGAUACAGCCCAGAAGACAAUUCCUGGGAACCAGAGGAACUACUGGAACACAGUCAAGAAGAGAUCAAGCGCUUCAAUCAAGCUAGACUCAGAAAGGCUUGUGACUCCGCCAAGAGCCUUUAA